AUGAACAAAACACUCGCCGAGUCGUUCCGUAAUGCCAUUGAGCUCGAGCAGAAGGCCGACAUGCUCCUAACGGCGUCGUAUCUCGAGGCGUACUCGCCCAAAAAGCUCGCGUCCUUCGGGUUGGCCGUAGUCAACUUGGUGAUGCAGAACAUGCGCACGGGACUAGGCGGCAAGACGUUGGUGGAGCUAGCGUUGGACCCGGCGGUGUCCCGGCCCGAAGAGGAAAUCCUGCCGGGGUCGUUGAGAGUAGGCGAUAUUGUGAGAAUCGAUCGCAUGGGCAACAGCUCAGAAGACAAGACGUCUUUGGAAGGCGUGAUCACUCGGCUCUCGGGGAAAGCCCUCACGGUGUCCGUGGACGAAGACGCAAACGACGAGACGCUUCUAGGCUUGUACAACAACACAGGGAGCGACAAUGUGCGCAUGUCGGUGGUGAAACUAACAAACUCCAUCACCUACAAGCGAAUGAUGCAGGCGAUGAAGAAGUUGGAGGAUUUGGCGGACGCAGACAAGAGCGAGGUGGUUCGUCUUUUGCUAGGCGAGGCCCGCUACACGCCUCGGCCCAAGAAGGGUCCGUGGGACGUUUUCGACGACAGUCUCAACGAGUCGCAGGUUUCUGCAGUGGACUUUGCGCUUUCUUCGCCAAUUGCCAUCAUCCACGGGCCGCCGGGGACAGGCAAAACGUACACGCUUAUCGAGCUCAUCAAGCAGCUUACGUUCAACCAUGGCGAAAGGGUGUUGGUGUGCGGAGCGUCCAAUAUAUCUGUGGACAACAUAUUGGAGCGUCUUUCGGCGGACUUUGGCGGCGAGAAGAAGGAGAGGACUACAGAGAAGAAAAAGAAGGACAGAGAAGGGACUACAGCCAAGGAGAAGAGAGCGAAAAGGGAGAAGAACGACAAAAACGCCAAAAACGACAAAAACGCCAAACGAGCCAGGGCAAAAAAAUCCACGCCCGAAAAACUCAUCCGCGUGGGCCACCCGGCACGGCUUCUUCCCUGCAACCUCCAGCACUCGUUGGACGUGUUGUCCAAGUCCAGUUACGGCGACAGCGGCGACGAGCGGAGCAUCUUGCGAGACAUUGAAAAAGACAUUGGAUCCACGCUUGGCCAGAUCAAAAAGUGCAAGCGGUACGGCGAGCGGCGGCAGCUCUGGACCGAGUUGAAGCAGCUCAAGCGGGAGCUCCGCACGCGCGAGAAGAAGAUUGUUCGAGACUUGCUUGUCAAUGCGCAAGUGGUUUUGGCCACGCUCCAUGGGUCUGGGUCCAACGAGCUCUUUGCGGUGUCGAAAGAGUUCUCGCCCGCCGAGCCCUUUUUCGACACGCUAGUCAUUGACGAGGUGUCGCAGUCGUUGGAGCCGCAGUGCUGGAUCCCGCUUCUUGCCCAUUUGGGCAUCCGCCGCUUGGUGAUUGCCGGAGACAACAUGCAGCUUCCGGCCACGGUCAAGUCGCGAGAGGAGGCAAUGGCGCUCCAGCACAAGGGCCUGAAAGUGGCCGACUUGGAGUACACGCUCUUUGACCGUCUCGUCGACAAGCUCCACGGCAGCGAGUACAAGAAGCUUUUGAACGUGCAAUACCGCAUGAACGAGAAGAUCAUGGAGUUCCCCUCGCGCACGCUCUACAACGGCGAGCUCCGGGCCGCUGCCGGCGUGCGGGACAUUUUGCUCUGCGACUUGCCAAACGUCCAGUCCACUGAUGAAACAUCGGUGCCUUGCAUGUGGUUAGAUACCCAGGGCGGAGAUUUCCCCGAGCAGGCCGAUGAUGCGGGCGCAAACCACUUCUCCGGCUCCGGCAGCAAGCUCAACCCGGGCGAGGUCGCCGUGGUGCAGCGCCACGUCCAGGCGUUGGUGGACGCCGGCGUCGACGCCGCCUCGAUCGGCGUCAUCUCGCCCUACAGCGCCCAGACGGCUUUGCUCCGCAAGAUGGCCUGCAUGUUUGGCCCCGUCGAGGUGGCAACGGUCGACGGGUUCCAGGGCCGCGAGAAGGAGGCCAUCGUGUUGUCGCUCGUGCGGUCCAACGACAACCGCGAGGUGGGUUUUUUGCAAGACCGCCGCCGCUUGAACGUGGCCAUGACCCGGCCCAAGCGCCACUUGUGUGUGGUGGGCGACAUGGCACUUUUGGACGCCUGCGGCGUGCGCUUCUUGUCGGAAUGGGCCCGCUACGCUGAUUCUAGCUACGACGUGGUGUAUCCCGAUGCUGGCCAGGUCUAG